UUGUCUGCUGAACGUUUGGAUAAAUAAAAUACAAGUACAGUUUUGUUAACGAAAUUUCCGGGUGUCGAAGAAACAAUAAUCUAUGGCUCGUGCACUGCGACUUGGCUACAUUCGUGCGACUCUGUUACUUGUUUGUGUUUGAGACAUCCCAGGAUUUCGCAUGACGUCAUAAGAUCCGCCAUCUUACUGGAAGCAGUUGUGCGUAUUUGCGUGAACCGUGUCUUUAUUCUUUGCCAGAAUUUACUAUAAUGUCUUUCCCUCCACGUCCACCUUACGGAAUGCCGGGUAUGAUGCCUCAGGGAUAUACAUUUGCACCAAUGGGUAUGAACAUGAUGCCCAUGCCUAUGAUGUCAGCUCCGAUGAUGCGACCUAUGGGUUUGGCACCAACAGUAAUGCCUACUCAUCAGAAACAGGUGAAAAAGCUCAUUCCUCAAGACAUUCCAAAGGACAAGAACGAGGAGAAGCCACCUGUGACCACAGUGUUUGUAGGCAACAUUAGUGAGCGAGCUCCAGAUAUGAUGAUUAAACAGAUGUUGCAGCGCUGUGGCAAUGUCCUCAGUUGGAAGAGAGUUCAGGGAGCAUCUGGAAAAUUGCAAGCUUUUGGUUUUUGUGAGUACGAGUGUCCAGAGGCAACCCUGCGAUGUAUACGUCUUCUGAAUGAGUGGCAGAUUGCAGACAAGAGGCUCGUGGUUAAAGUUGAUGCAAAAACCAAAACUUUAUUGGAUGAAUACCGCAAAAAGAAGGAAAAGGACCAAAAUAAAGAGAAGGAUACUGACAAGGACAAGGAAACAGUUGAUGCAAAAGAAAAUGGAGAGAAGGGUGACAAGUCUGAGAAGGAAGAAGGGGAAGAAAGUGGAGCUGAAGGUGCAGAGGAGCUAGAUGAGAACAGCAAACGAGAAGAUCGAGUGGCCCAGGCUGGUCUGGAAGCAAUCAUGCGCGAAUAUGCCUUUGAACUAGCAAAAGAACCACCUGCAUCUAAAAAUGCAGGAGACAAAGAGGGGAAAACCACUGUUAAGAAAAAAGAUGACAGAGAACCAAAGGAUAUUGGCUUUGAAGACAUGGAUUUAGAGGAAGAGAAGCGUGACAUUAUCAACAGAGAAAUUCGCAUGUUUCGAGAUCUACACAAGGAUGAUGAAGAAGAAGACAAAGAAAAGGAAAGACGAGAACGAGAUAUGCGCAUGGAAGAAGUUAGGCGUAGACGAGACCGGGAAAAAGAAAGGGAAAAGGAAAGAGAGAGGGAGAGGGAACGUGAAAGAGAGCGGGAACGGGAACGAGAGCGAGAGGAAAGAGAGCGUAAAAGAGAAUUAGAACGAGAACGUGAGAGGACGCGCUCUCGCUCUAGGUCCAGUUCACGUGGUCGCUCAAGAAGACGCCAGAGGUCACCUUCAAGAGAGAGAUCGAGGGAUAGUUCUCGAGACAAAAGGAAAGAACGAGAAAUUGAGGAGGAAGAGGAAGCCUAUGAACGACGAAAACUUGAAAAAAAGCUGAGAGAGAAGGAGGCUGCUUACCAGGAGCGCCUAAAGAACUGGGAACAGCGUGAACGGAAAAAGGCCAGAGAAUAUGAAAAGGAAAAGGAGAGGGAGGAAGAGCGAAAAGCUGAAGAGUCACGAGAGGCAAGGCGCUUGAAGGAAUUCCUAGAAGACUAUGAUGACUUGCGAGAUGACCCAAAGUUUUACAAGGGCAGCCCGCUAUUACGACGCCAGAAAGAAAGAGAGAAAGAAAAAGAAGCAGAUGCCCGUGACAGACAAAGAGAAAAAGAGGAACUGGAAGAAAUUAAAAGAAAGUUGCUUGACCAGGGACAUCCUGACCCAGAAGCAGAACUUGCCCGGAUUGAGAGAGAGCGGGAAGAACAUCUCAGGCCAAGGUUACAGCUAGUUGAGGUGGCUGAACGUGCUUCAUCUGAAGUUUCUGAUCGAGCUCAGGUGAAGGAGGAGUCUGAAGAUGAGAAGCCAGUCAAGCCCAAACUGACUCCAAGCACUUUGCGUGAAACUCGGCCAAUAGAUUCUGCUCCUAAGACUUUUUCAGAAACCAACACGCCAGUCACAGAUGAUGAUGCAUCACGAUUAAGUGCUCCAGGUCACUUUAUGGAAGAGGAUUCAUCAUCACAGUCAGCUUUUGCGCCUUCUCUAAAAGAAGAACCUAUGAAAUUGGGUUUUGGCUCCCUUAAACUGGGUGCAGUGAGCAGCCCAAGUGAAAGUGGAAGCAUUGGUCAUACGCCAGCCCCCUCAAGUGGUAGCGGUAUGUCCUUAGGAGCAGCACCGAUCGUUAUGGGUGGGGCAAAUGCCAAACGCAAGAAGUUGACAGUUGGAGAUGUUUUCAACCAAGAUGAUGAUGAACAGCCAUCAGAAGGAAAACGUCGUAAACUUAUUCCUCUGGACUAUGACGAUGACAAAGCUGGUGUAGGGGAAGAAAAGAAGCCAACGACAGCAGAAGAGAAACGCCAGCGCAUCAAGGGCUUGAUUGAGAGUAUACCUACAGCCAAGGAAGAGUUGUUCAACUUUCCACUAGAUUGGAGCAUUGUGGACCAGGCUCUGAUGGACAAACGCAUCAAGCCUUGGGUGACAAAAAAGAUUGUUGAAUACAUUGGAGAGGAAGAGCCGACAUUGACGGACUUCAUUUGCCAGAAGGUUGUUGCUCAUAGUUCCCCUCAGAGUAUACAGAAUGAUGUGGCAAUGGUGCUGGAUGAGGAAGCAGAAGUAUUUGUUGUCAAAAUGUGGAGACUUUUAGUUUAUGAGACUGAAGCCAAAAAGCUUGGACUGGUGAAAUAAUAGUUUCCGAGGAAAACAGACUGAAAGUGUGAAAGGAUGUAUGUUUUUAUUCUUGUUGAAUAAAGAAGUUAACAAAA